AUGUGCAAGGAGAGCUAUGCCGAUAAUCCACAUGAAGAAGCGAUGAUUCGAGAAUUUGAAAGAGACUAUCAUCCACAAAUGAGUAUUUGGUGGUACACUCGAGACUCUUGUCUCUAUCGCAUCCUCAACAAAGCUCUUCGACUUCAAGACAUUGAUCUUCUCUUCUCAAUGAGAUUUUUCAUCAAAGAUAUUAGCCAACAGCUGACAGAUGAACAUCGAAAGUUCGCCAGGAAGAAGGGUGUAAUUCGAGCCUAUCGUGGUCAAGCAGUGGCGACAGAAGAGAUGAACAAGUUGAGAUGUGGAGAAGGACAGUUGAUUUCAUUUAACAGCUUUCUCUCGACGAGUCUCAACAAAGAUGAGGCGCUGAUAUUUGCACGUCAGAUUGUUUCCUCUGACACUUUGCAGCGUGUGUUCUUCGAGAUCAAAGUAGACACUCGACUCGAGACUCGUGCAUUUGCUGAUAUCAGUGAUAUGAGCUACUUUCAGAGUGAGAAAGAAGUUCUCUUUACUCUUGGUUCUGUGUUUCGACUUGAGAAUGUGAUGUUCGAUGAGAGAGAGGCAUUGUGGUGUGUCAGGCUAACGUUGUGUAAUGAAGAUGAUCAAAAUAUCAAGGAGAUGUAUGCGUAUCAGAAGAAGAGUGUUGGUGGUGGAGAUGAACAAGCCAGUCUCGUCUCACUUGGGUUGAUUCUGUUCGAAAUGGGUGAAUAUGAGAAAGCGAAACAAUACUACACUCGUGUAUUGGAUGAGUUGAGCGAUGAUGAUAUAAAUGUUGCUCUGUGUCAUCGGAGACUCGGCGAAGUAAGUGCAUCACAAGGAGAAUAUGAUGUUGCACUCGAUCAUUUGAAUGAAGCCGUGAAACUGUACAAGAAGUUUCAACAUGCACAUGUCACACUAGACAUUGCUUACUGUUAUGAUUGGAUAGGCAUCGUGCACAGGGAGAAAGAAGAAUACGAAACAGCGCUUUCUUACUCGCACAAAGCUUUGACUAUAAAACAAGCGAAGCUUCCUGCUGAUCAUGUUGAAACUGCCCAUACUCUAUGUCAAAUCGGUAAUGUUCACUAUGGGCAAAGAGAUUAUGAUUCUGCCUUGUCUUAUGAUCAUCGUGCUCUUAUCAUGUACAAGGUGUUGCCCCCGACUUACUCUUACAUAUCAAGUAGUCUGGCUGAGACUGGCCAUGUGGGUACUACUUUACUUUUACCAAUUAUUACAUUAUCCGGUAAAAGUAAUACACGUUUGUUACUUAUUAUCGGUAAAAAGGUAAUAAAUCUUGUUGUUUUAUUACUUAUUACUUCUUUAUGUAAUAAUUUUUCAUAAUUUUACUUAUUCUUUUUUAUUACUUUUCUUCUUAUCAGUAAUAAGUAAAGUAAUAAAAGAUUAUUACUUGAAAAAAGUAAUAAGUAAUAAAGUAAUACGAUUAUUACUUGUUUCCAGGUAAUGACU